GCGCUGCUCAGAGCCGGAGGGAGUGCAGCGAGCGGGCGAGCGAGCAAGUAGAGGGGGCGCCCGGCCGUUGUCUGAGCUCGGACCGGUCGUCUCUGCAGCGCUCCGGGGCCCCGAGGGGAGCGAGAGGUUGCCGAAGAGUGCAGGAGCAGAGCUAGGAGAGUCCUCCGCGGAGGCGCCAGUCCCACUCCACCGCCUCCUGUGCCAGCCGGGGAGUGCUCGCCCACCGCCCCGCCGGCCCAGAGCCUGUAGCCCGGGUCCCCGCUGUCCCAGGGAUGGUCUAGGAGCCUGCAAGGGGCUCGCCGCUCCGUUCCUCUCCCGGGCUCUCUGCCUCCUACCGACCGCUCCCGGCUGCGCGCCCCGCCGGCCCAGGCCGGAGAAGUUAGUUGUGCGCGCCGCUUAGCGCGCUAGCCAGCGUCAGGGCUAGAGAAGGCGGCGAGGUGCGGGGACCAUGGGCUGGGGCUGGAGGAACCGCUGCUGCUUCCCGGGACGGCGGGACCUGCUGUGCGUGCUGGUGCUGCUCGCCAGCUGCCUGCUCCCAGUGUGCCGGACGCGUGUCUACACCAACCACUGGGCAGUGAAGAUCGCCGGCGGCUUCGCUGAGGCCGACCGCAUAGCCAGCAAGUACGGAUUCAUCAACGUAGGACAGAUUGGUGCACUGAAGGACUACUAUCACUUCUUCCAUAGCAGGACCAUUAAAAGGUCUGUUCUCUCGAGCAGAGGAACCCACAGUUUCAUUUCAAUGGAACCAAAGGUGGAAUGGAUCCAACAGCAAGUAGUGAAAAAACGGACGAAGAGGGAUUAUGACCUCAGCCAUGCCCAAUCUACCUACUUCAAUGAUCCCAAGUGGCCAAGUAUGUGGUACAUGCACUGCAGUGACAACACACAUCCCUGCCAGUCAGACAUGAAUAUUGAAGGAGCCUGGAAGAGAGGUUACACGGGGAAGAACAUCGUGGUGACGAUCCUGGAUGACGGCAUAGAGAGAACCCACCCUGAUCUGAUGCAAAACUACGAUGCUCUGGCAAGUUGCGAUGUGAACGGGAAUGACUUGGACCCAAUGCCUCGUUAUGAUGCAAGCAAUGAGAACAAGCAUGGGACCCGUUGUGCUGGAGAAGUGGCAGCCGCGGCAAACAACUCCCACUGCACCGUUGGAAUCGCUUUCAACGCCAAGAUUGGAGGUGUGCGAAUGCUGGAUGGCGAUGUCACAGACAUGGUAGAAGCGAAGUCUGUCAGCUACAACCCACAGCAUGUGCACAUCUACAGUGCCAGCUGGGGCCCUGAUGAUGAUGGCAAGACCGUCGAUGGGCCAGCUCCUCUCACCCGGCAAGCCUUUGAGAACGGUGUGAGAAUGGGUCGGAGAGGCCUCGGCUCUGUGUUUGUCUGGGCAUCUGGCAAUGGUGGAAGGAGCAAAGACCACUGCUCUUGUGAUGGCUACACCAACAGCAUCUAUACCAUCUCCAUCAGCAGUACAGCUGAAAGUGGGAAGAAGCCGUGGUACUUGGAAGAGUGUUCAUCGACACUGGCCACAACCUACAGCAGUGGAGAAUCCUAUGAUAAGAAAAUAAUCACGACUGACCUAAGGCAACGAUGCACGGACAAUCACACGGGGACGUCAGCCUCAGCCCCCAUGGCUGCUGGCAUUAUUGCCCUGGCCCUGGAAGCCAAUCCGUUUCUGACCUGGAGAGACGUACAGCAUGUUAUUGUCAGGACUUCCCGUGCGGGACAUUUGAACGCUAAUGACUGGAAAACCAAUGCUGCUGGUUUUAAGGUGAGCCACCUGUAUGGAUUUGGACUGAUGGAUGCAGAAGCCAUGGUGAUGGAGGCGGAGAAGUGGACAACCGUUCCUCAGCAGCAUGUGUGUGUGGAAAGCACAGACCGACAAAUCAGGACCAUUCGCCCUAACAGUGCAGUGCGCUCCAUCUACAAAGCCUCAGGCUGCUCGGAUAAUCCCAACCAUCAUGUCAAUUACCUGGAGCAUGUAGUUGUGCGUAUUACCAUCACACACCCUCGGAGGGGAGACCUGGCCAUCUACCUGACCUCACCCUCAGGAACCAGAUCCCAGCUUUUGGCCAACAGGCUAUUUGACCAUUCCAUGGAAGGGUUUAAGAACUGGGAGUUCAUGACCAUUCAUUGCUGGGGAGAACGGGCUGCUGGUGACUGGGUCCUUGAAGUUUAUGACACUCCAUCUCAACUGAGGAACUUCAAAACUCCAGGUAAAUUGAAAGAAUGGUCCUUGGUCCUCUAUGGCACAUCUGUACAACCAUACUCCCCCACCAAUGAGUUUCCCAAAGUAGAACGCUUCCGCUACAGCCGAGUGGAAGACCCCACAGAUGACUAUGGUGCUGAAGAUUAUGCGGGUCCCUGUGACGCUGAAUGCAGUGAGGUUGGCUGUGAUGGGCCAGGACCAGACCACUGCAAUGACUGUUUACACUACUACUACAAACUGAAAAAUAACACCAGAAUUUGUGUCUCCACCUGCCCUCCUGGCCACUACCAUGCUGACAAGAAGAGGUGCCGGAAGUGCGCGCCCACCUGUGAGUCCUGCUUUGGCAGCCACAGUAAUCAGUGCCUGUCCUGUAAAGAUGGCUACUUCCUGAAUGAAGAGACCAGCAGCUGUGUUAUUCAGUGCCCUGAUGGGACAUACCAGGAUACCAAAAAAAAUAUUUGUGGGAAAUGCAGUGAGAACUGUAAAGCAUGCACUGGAUUUCACAACUGCACGGAAUGCAAGGGCGGGUUAAGCCUUCAGGGAUCCCGGUGUUCUGUCACCUGUGACGAUGGACAGUUCUUCAAUGGUCACGACUGCCAGCCCUGCCACCGUUCCUGUGCCGCCUGUGCUGGAGCUGGAGCAGAUGGGUGCAUUAACUGCACCGAGGGUUAUGUCAUGGAAGAGGGAAGAUGUGUACAGAGCUGCAGUGUGAGUUAUUAUUUGGACCAUAAUUCAGAUAAUGGACAGAAAUCCUGCAAGAGAUGUGAUAACAGCUGUUUGACAUGCAAUGGCCCGGGAUUCAAGAACUGUUCCAGCUGUCCAAGUGGAUAUCUUUUAGACUUAGGAAUGUGUCAGAUGGGAGCCAUCUGCAAGGAUGGAGAAUACACUGAUGAGCAAGGCCACUGCCGUCCCUGUGAAGCCUCAUGUGCCAAGUGUUGGGGACCGACUCAAGAAGACUGUACCAGCUGCCCCAUAACAAGGGUUUUUGAUGAUGGCCGCUGCAUUUUGAACUGUCCCACAUCGAAGUUUGAACUUAAGAAGCAAUGCCAUCCGUGCCACCACACUUGCCAAGAAUGCCAAGGAAGCGGGCCUUCCAACUGCACCUCUUGCAGAGCAGACAAGCAUGGUCGGGAGCGCUUCCUAUACCAGGGGGAAUGUCGGGAGAGCUGUCCUGUGGGCCAUUAUCCUGCUAAGGGGCGUGCCUGCCUGCCCUGCCCAGACAACUGUGAGCUUUGCUACAACCCACAUGUCUGCACUAGAUGCAUGAGCGGCUACUUCAUCGUGCCCACCAACCACACCUGCCAGAAGCUGGAGUGUCAACAAGGUGAAUUCCAGGAUUCUGAGUAUGAAGAAUGCAUACCUUGUGAGGAAGGGUGUCUGGGAUGCACUGUAGAUGAUCCGGGAGCCUGUGCCUCGUGUGCUGCAGGAUAUUACAUGUUCGAGCGGCAUUGUUAUAAAGUCUGUCCUGAGAAGACCUUCAGUGCAGAAUGGGAAUGCAGAGCCUGUGGCACUAACUGUGGCAGCUGUGACCAGCACGAAUGCUAUUGGUGUGAGGAGGGCUCCUUCCUCUCGGGUGGCAGCUGUGUGCAGGACUGCGGCCCUGGCUUCUAUGGAGACCAAGAGUUGGGAGAGUGUGAGCCUUGCCACCGGGCCUGUGAGACUUGCAUUGGCUCAGGCGAACACCAAUGCAGCCGCUGUCCAGAAGGUCUGCAGCUGUGGCGCGGGGCAUGUAUCUGGCCCACCUGGCCCCAAGGAGGGGAAGGCAGGUUCUGGAAUGAAGCUGUGCCCCCUGAAAACCCAUCUUUGGUGAAGAGCCCGCUGCAGGAGCAACGAAGGUGGACAAUUCAAACCAAAAGAGAUGCAACGAAGCAAUAUCAACCUUGCCAUUCUUCUUGUAAGACCUGCAAUGGAUCUGCAACUCUCUGCACCUCAUGUCCAACAGGUACAUACCUGUGGAUGCAGGCCUGUGUUCCUUCCUGUCCCCAAGGCACUUGGCCCUCAGUUAGGAGUCGCAGCUGUGAAAAGUGUGCUGAGGACUGUGCCUCUUGCUCUGGACCUGACCUUUGCCAAAAGUGCCUGAGUCAGCCGGACAACCUUCUGCUCCUCCAUGAGGGCAGGUGCUACCACGGAUGCCCAGAGGGCUUCUAUGCAAAAGAUGGUGUUUGUGAACACUGUAGCUCCCCUUGCAGAACAUGUGAAGGAAAUGCUACCAACUGUCACUCUUGUGAAGGAGACUUUGUCCUAGAUGGUGGAGUGUGCCGGGAAACUUGCCCUGAAAAGCAUGUGGCUAUGGAAGGAGUCUGCAAGCACUGUCCAGAAAUGUGCGAGCACUGCAUCCAUGAGAAAAUUUGCAAAGAGUGCAUUCCUGGCUUCUUCCUGUAUGAUGAUGCAUGCAAUGAGACCUGUCCCAAACACUUCUAUCCUGACUUGCGCCAGUGUGUCUCCUGCCAUGAAGACUGUUUGGAGUGCAAUGGUCCCAAGCAGGAUGACUGCAAGGUCUGUGCUGAUACUUCCAAGGUUCUCUACAAUGGGCUGUGUUUGGAUAUGUGCCCUGAGGGAACUUACAAAGAAGAAGAGAAUGAUGAAUGCAAAGAUUGCCCUGAGUUCUGUUUAUCCUGCUCAUCAGCUUGGACCUGUCAGACCUGUCAGGAGGGCCUGACAAAAGUGCAUGAGGUCUGCACAGCACCCAAGGAGUGUGCAGCCGUAGAGUACUGGGAUGAAGGCACUCACAGGUGCCAGCCAUGUCACAGGAAGUGCUUCCACUGCUCAGGGCCUGCCGAGGACCAGUGCUACACCUGCCCUGGAGAGACUCUUCUUCUUAACACGACCUGUGUGAAAAGCUGCCCAGAAGGAUACCACACUGACAAGGACAGCCACCAGUGUGUGCUCUGCCACAGCUCCUGCAGGACCUGUGAAGGACCACACAGCAUGCAGUGCCGCUCCUGCCGACCUGGCUGGUUCCAGCUGGGCAAAGAGUGCUUGCUGCAAUGCAGGGACGGAUACUAUGGAGAAAGCACCAGUGGUCGGUGUGAGAAGUGUGACAAGAGCUGCAAGUCAUGCCGGGGCCCACGGCCCACAGACUGCCAGUCUUGCGAUAAGUUUUUCUUUCUUCUACGCUCCAAGGGACAGUGUCAUCGCACCUGCCCAGAGCACUACUACGCAGAUGAACAUGCACAAACCUGUGAGAGGUGCCACCCAACUUGUGACAAAUGUAAAGGAAAGGAGCUAUGGGAUUGCUUGUCCUGUGUGUGGAGCUACAAGUUUCUGAAAGGAAUAUGUACCUUAGAAUGUCCUGUAGGGGAGUACAGAGAUGAAGAGGCAGAAGAUUUACACUGUAAAAAAUGCCAUGAGAGCUGUGUGGAGUGCAAGGGACCGGGUGCCAAGAACUGCACCGUGUGCCCAGCCGGGCUACUGCUGCACAUGGAUGACAGCCGCUGCCUUCGCUGCUGUAACGCUUCCCACCUCCACAGAUCCCAGGACUGCUGCGACUGCCAGAGUACCACAGAGGAGUGCAUCCUUCCAGCCAACGAGGCCGGUCCCUUGGAGCGCACCAAGAUUGCUCUGCUGGUGACCUCGGGGGCCAUGCUGCUGCUGCUGCUGGGGGCCGCUGUGGUCGUGUGGCGGAAGUCUCGAAGCCGACCUGUGGCCAAGGGGCGCUACGAAAAGUUGGCAGAACCCACCGUGUCAUACUCCUCCUACAGGAGCAGCUAUCUUGAGGAGGACCAGGUGAUUGAGUACAGGGACCGAGACUACGAUGAAGAUGAUGAGGACGACAUCGUCUACAUGGGCCAAGAUGGCACUGUCUACCGGAAGUUCAAGUAUGGGCUUCUGGAUGAGACAGAAGAUGAUGAGUUGGAGUAUGACGACGAAAGCUACUCCUACCAGUAAUCGGAGCCGGCCUUCCGUCCCCAUGGCUCUCAGCCCUGCUGGGAGCCACCAUCACAUUGGCUGAGGUUCGAGUGUUCGUGUUUUGUCCUAACUUUGUUUCCAACCUGAAUAUGAUAUGUAGGGAUGCUGGAGUCUGCUGUGCUGCUUUUGACCAGCUGAGUGCUAUGAACAGAGCCUGCAAGGGGAGAAUUCAAAGGCGUUUUCCUUGAGGGUAUGUCAAGACGUGAAAUGCAGGAAGUGAAAGAAGUGAGCUCUGUUGGACACUCUAACCUGCUUUCUAAAGUGGACGGGGCAGACGACCUGGAAGGAUUCUGCUUUCAAGCUGCAUGUUGGAGACUCCUGCAGCAUUCUGGAAUUCUGAUAUUUGACAAACUAGUGGGGAGAUGG